AUGGGUGCUCACUACAGUGCUGAAGUCAAGUAUGUCUAUACCACUAUCAACGGUAGCCGUGUGGCUAUUCCCUACAUGCGUCUCUCCAAUGGUCAAUGGGUUCCACUCCAACAGCAAUCGCAACAAUGGUAUGUUCCCCAACACUCUCAUCAACAUUACUUGGGCCAAAAUGUGGUGAGUCCUCUUAUUACCAACCGCACCCUGUAUCCAAGCCAGUAA